AUGAGACCGUCUAGUGAACGUUCCUUUUUCUGCUUCAACCUGAUUGUGGUGGACACUGGGAAGACCUGGCAGGAGGCUCUGGAGCACUGCAGAGAGCACCACACUGACCUCAGCAGCAUGGUAUUUGAGACCGAGAACCUUCUGGCCCUGAGGGAGAUGAAGCCCCUCAACAUUGACCGGGUGUGGAUCGGCCUGCGUUACCUAGGGGACCGCUGGCUGUGGGUGAACGGGGACCCCCUGGAGUAUGAGGCCUGGGGAGGAGUUCAGGACCACCAGUGUCCGUUAUUGAAACGCUGUGGAGCUUUAACCAUAAGGGGGCAGUGGGAGAACCGGGACUGCCACGAGAAACUCAACUUCAUCUGCUAUUAA